AUGUACGAACCAGACAGCAGCCAUGUUGGAAAAAGUUCACACAGAAGGCGUCUGCCACCAAUACAAGCUAUUGGUAAGAUGCAAUCUGUGGAUAUGGAAGAACCACCAGAUAUACCAAUGGAAAUCUUUGGUUAUGAAGCUGAUGGUGACUUGUCCUACUCAUCAGCCCUGGAAACAUUUUUCGAUGCCAAUGAUGCUGAGGAAUCUGUGAAACAAUUACGCAAAGUUUUUCAUGUAGUCAAUCCAGGUCGAUAUGCUCUUAAAAAAUCACCUGAAGCAGGGGGAGGACAUUUUAUCCACUGCCCACGAUCGCCUGCUCUUGCCUGCCAUUAUGGUGAGCUGCGUAAAUUAAUGGAAAAUCGUGCACGCAUUGAAUUUGUACGUGAUUGUAUGAGUAAAAUACGUGCUGCAGCAGCCUAUGUCGAGGAACUAGAAGGAUUAGUACAUUGUGAAUAUCGAACAGCUUACGCAAUACGUCAUGGUUGUGCUUCUGAAGCACCCGUGAGUAAAUUAUAUUGUUUAAAUGCGUUAUGUGAGGAUCUUAGAAUACAUGUCAAUCAUUGGAAUUCCAUCAAACAAAAAUUGAAUUCAAACAAGUGGCUUCAAUCGAAUCUGGGCUUUCUAUCAAUGGAAGUGGACUAUGUUAAGAGAAUGUUGACCACACUGUGUGAUAAAGCAAUCUGGUGGUUAGAUAAGUUAAUCAUUACAGGAUUUGAAGUUUUUGCACAUUGUGACAUGGAUAAAUUAACACCCGAAGUAUUAUGGAAUGUGACUAGAGGGUUGGAAGAGUUUAACACCAUUGCGUUAAGUCUUCGAUCAGUCAGUGUUUCUGAGUGUUCCACAAUUCUCCAAGCUCUUCUCCCUUCAAAAAAUUUAUUUUCAACUUCUUGUUUACAUCUUGACCCUUCAUUUUCCAAUUUUCCUUGUAACCUCAGUCAUUCAGUGAAAGGCAUUCCAUUUUCAAAAGUGCUCACACUUUUAGCUAAAGAACGUUCUCGCUAUGCUGCCAGUCUUACCCACCGGUUUUUCACUGUCAACGAAGAAUUUGUUAAAAUCCUCAAAAGCGGACAUCUUCCAGUAUAUUUGUGGAAUACUGAUCAAGAAAAUCAAAACCAGAAAUCCAGCCAAAUGUCAAAAAAUCACAUGAUUCCUCAAGACACAUCAGAUUAUCAUACUGAAACAGGUAGUAACACCAGUCUUAGUGCUACAUUAUUAUCAAUAGGAUCUAUACAUGCUCCUGAUCUUUCUAUUUAUAUGUCUCCUUUAGUUGAUUUCUCUCGUAGAGAACAGGAAUUUACAGAAAAUUUUUUAUUGGUUGUGUGUAACUCGACAAAUUUACUCAGGAAAAAUGAAUCGACCAAGAAAGUGCGUCAGAAAGAUGGAAAGGCUACAUUCAGUCCUGUUGUAGGACGACCUCCUCGGGUUCAGUCAGACAUGCCUGUAGUAUUAUCUAGGUCAGAUUCUAGGCGUAAAACUGUGUCAUGGGGAGAUAACGCUGAUAGUUCUGUACGUAAUCAAAUUGUAUCCAAAUAUAUGGAUAUUAUGUGGGCAUGUUUCGGUCAGAAUUUAGAUCUGUGUUUGGAUGAACCGUCAUGGGAAAUCCAUAAAAAUGUGUUAAAAAGUGAAUUUGGUAGUGUGUUAUUAUCUAAUGAUACUCUGAUAGCUGUAUUAAGACAUAUGAUGGAACAUGUUUGUAUAAAAGAUAUAUUUCCACAAGGUUCUGUUCAGCCAUUAUUAAAAGUAGCUCAUAGAUUAACUAAUUUAUCAGCUUAUUCUGCAUGGGAUACUGCCCUGUGUAAUGCUGUUAGCAGUCAGGCUAUAGAUAAAUGUUAUCCCUGUCUGUUAUCUGAUGGAGAAUAUUCAACUAAAACUGACAACAACAACUUACUUCCCAGAUUAGAAUUAGAUAAUGGCUUACAACUGGCUGCUGGGAUAGCUUGUCGUCUGCUUACCACCUGUCAAUCAUCCCAUAUAUGGUGCACUUCAAAAGUUGAACAAUUCUUAGCUUCAUGGGCUGUGAAUCCAUUUUUAUUAGUCAUCCAUGCAGACUUGAGAAUAUUGGUAGAUGAAACUAAACAAGCUGCGUUUUACCUUCAAACAUUAAAUUCUCAGUUAGGAGCUCAACAUGUCUUAUCUAACCAUAUUUCAGCUGAACAAAUUAACUUCUUCUAUAAAUCUAUAAAUAAACUCAAUUCACAGUUACAGAGUUUAUCUGGAUCUUCCAUGAAAACAUUCUCCAAGAGGUUGAAAGCUAAAGCCUACUCUCUGUUUGAAGAAACGAUGCCACCUGCCAAAUCCUGGAAGAGAAAAACAGCUUCUGAUUUCCCAGUAGAAGCUAAUCCAUAUGUUGAACAAGUUUUAGAAUGUAUCUUAGAACCUGUUAUUGAAGGAGUCAACAAAUUAAAAUUACCUUCACAAAUAUCAGUCAUAUCUUUAGCAACUAAAGCUAUCUGUGAAGCCUGGACAACACAUAUACUCAAAGAAAAAAUCAAAUUUAGUGUAACUGGUGCCCAACAGUUGGGUGCUGACUUUACCUUUUUAAAGACCUGGCUAUCACAAUGUAUUAUUAAUAUAGAAGUUAAACAGAGUAUACUAGAGUUAACUGUCUUUAAAUAUUUAAAUGGUGUGGUAUUAAUAUUAAAAAAACAACCAAGGAAGCGUGGUGUUAGUAGAUUUAGAGAUCCUUGUUCUGUAGAUGAUUUAAGGUGUGAUACAGGUAAUUCAGUACCAGAUGUCAACAGUUCACAGUUAGCUGUAGGUGGUUUAGAUAUGGACAAUACACAUGACGAAUCCGAUAUUUACACUGUACCAAAUAUGGAGGAAUGGAUGGCUUUACGUGUACAUGAUGGUUUAAAAAAGAAUGGAUUUGCUACAAAAAUUGCUGACCAAAGAGAAAAAUACUGUGCAUGUGAUAGUUAAUAGCUAAUUUAUACUGUUUUUAUCCUAUCAUUUGUCAGUCAUAAUUGCUAUUUUUGCAAACUGUCUCAAUUAUUUUCCCUUCUAGUUGUAUCUAUUACUUUUAACACCUUGUAAGUAUGUUGUAUUUUAAGUUAUUUCUCCAAUAUAUUAUUUAAAUGUAUAUCGACAUCAAAAUAUUUGCUAUACAUGCUGAUGGCUGAAUCAAUUUCAAUAUCCAAGCAGUUCUUAAAUAUUUAAUAAAAAUCUUGUUAGCCUGGAUAAUUAGAUUGUUGUCAGCUGUCAGAUUGUCAUUUUGAAAAUACUUUAAAUAAGAAAUGAGCUCUAUCAGCUUGGAAAUAUUUUGACAACUGCAUCCUUUAAAAAUGUGUAUAGUGACAGAAUACAUUGUUUAAGUUGUAUCAUAGCGACUGAAUAAUGAGCUUUAUUUAUUGAAAACUGUCAAAUGAUAGUUCGACAAUUCAAUUUGUACAGUUUAUGAAUUGUACAUAUAUGAAAAAGGUGGUAUUUGUUACUCAUCUAAUGAUUUGAAAUAUCAUAUUAACAAAAUAUGGCGAAAACUCUAUUGAAAUAGAUGUAGUGAUUUAUCACAUGAAGUAAAUGUGAUAUCAAGGGAAGUAACUCCUAUUGUUUUUGUCUAGUCGUCAGUACAGUCUUCUGUACAGUGCUGUGAAUAUUUAUAUGUUAU